AUGCUCGGAGAAAAUCGUCAUCCCAAUACUACGGUCCCCAUUCCACGUUGGCCUGACCUUGAUGAUUAUCGAACGGCUGAUGUUCACUCGGCUGUCAAGUACAAUGCGUCCUGCAACCACAUCAACGAUAAUAGUAAUCCGUUUUACUCGCAGGAAGCGCUACGAGAGUUAGAACGUUACGUGCCACCAAACGAACCGGAUGCCGAGUCGGAUUCUGAGCUUUUGGGACUGCGGAGUAGCCCGGAUUCUCCGGUUGACGCUUUUUCUUGUGAUCAUUUCCGGAUGUUUGAGUUCAAAGUAUUGAGGUGUUCACGUGGCCGUGCACACGACUGGACUGAGUGUCCGUACGCUCACCCGGGCGAGAAAGCUCGCCGGAGGGAUCCGAGGAGGUACAAUUACUCGGGUACGGUUUGUCCUGGGUUUAGGAAAGGGAACUGUCGCAAAGGAGAUGCUUGCGAGUUCGCUCAUGGGGUUUUCGAGUCCUGGCUCCACCCGGCUCAUUACCGGACUCAGCCAUGCAAAGACGGGGCGGGUUGUAGGCGUAGGGUUUGUUUCUUUGCUCAUACUCCGGACCAGCUAAGGGUCGUCAUCUCCGUGGAUUCGUAUGACGGUUCACCUUCUAGUGCUAAAACGACUAGUUUUUGGUCUUCCCCUGGUUCCAGUUCUCCUCCGAUGAGUCCCCGAGCCGAGCCUUCGCCCCCUUUUUCUCCAAUGGCUCGGUCACUUAGUCGGUCUCUGGGUUCAGCUUCUAUUAAUGAGAUGGUGGCUUCUACGAGGAACUUGCAUCUUGGAAAGGUCAAGUCCUUGCUUUCUUCCUCGAACGUACAAGUAGGCUGUUGCUCUCCGAGAGGAGCAGCGAUCCGACCCAGUUUCUGUAGCCUGCCUAGUACUCCGACCCAAAAGUUGACCCGUCAUGGGGUUAGGUAUUUGGAUUUGUGGGAUAAAGUGUGCGAAGAAGAGCCACAUAUGGAAAGAGUCGAAUCCGGGAGGGAUUUACGUGCAAAUAUGUUUGAGAAACUGAGUAAAGAGAACCCGCUAGAAAGCCUUAACCCGAGUCAGUCUUCUGGAGGUCUGAACGUGGAUUGGGUUUCGGACCUGGUGAACUAAAAGAAAAACUGGAAGCGGGAGCUAGCUCGAUCGAA